AUGGUGGUGAAAAAAAUCAUUAAUGAUCCAAAGAAUGCAGUAGAAGAUUUCAUAGGAGGUAUCUUAGCUACCUAUCCGAAUCGGUUUAAGAAGCUUCAAAACCAUGAUGUCCUGUUAGAUGCAAAUCCUUCAAAUACCGUGCAGCUGAUUUCUGGAGGCGGCUGCGGUCACGAGCCGUCUCAUGCAGGCUGGAUUGGCAAAGGGAUGCUCUCUGGAGCUGUGCUUGGAGGUAUUUUUGCUUCUCCAAGUGUAUCGGCUGUUUUGGCAGCUAUCCGAGCUGCUGCGGCGAGCAACAAGAACAGAGGAGUUUUGUUGAUUGUGAAGAACUAUACAGGCGACCGAUUGAACUUUGGUAUGGCAUGUGAACAAGCCGCCCAAAGUAAUAUUAACUGUAGGAUGGUCGUAGUUGCGGAUGACUGUGCGUUGCAGAGACAAAAGGGAAUCACUGGACAGCGUGGAGUAGCUGGGAUAUGCCUUGUGCAUAAAGUGGCGGGAGCGGCGGCUGAGGCUAGAAAGACCUUGGACGAAAUAGUUGAUAUAGUUUCUGAGGUUUGCUCCCAAAUUGGAACCCUUGGUGUUUCUCUUGAUGCUGUAACAGUGCCAGGUGCCAAGUCUUUGAAUGCUCGUCUAGAUGACGUAACGAUUGAAAUUGGCCUCGGAAUUCAUGGAGAGGCUGGUAUGAGACAAGUACCAUUGAUGACUGCAAAUGAAAUUGCUCGGGAUUUGUUGAAGUCGAUCCAAGAAUAUGGUCGAGCUGUAACAAGGAAUGGCAAGGAAGAUAUAAUUCCGUUUAUUGAACAAGGAGAUGAUAUUUGUUUGCUAAUCAACAAUCUCGGGGGAACUUCGAAUUUCGAGCUGGCUAUCUUUACCGGGGCUGUUGUUUCAGAAUUGGAAAAAGUUUACAAGGUGCAAGUUUCGAGACUUUUUGUGGGCAGCUACAUGACAGCGUUCGAUACACAUGGAGCAAGUAUUACGAUUUUCAACUUGUCGAACGUUUCUGAUCAGAUAAAGACAUUCCUUGACGCUCCCUGUUCUGCGCCAUCUUGGGUGGAAUGUGAUCCAGUAACCGCACAUCCACGGAACUCCCUGGAAGAGUUACCCGAAGUCAAACAAGUAAAUGAAUCAUUAUUGAAGAAGCCAACUCUUCAGAUUGCAGGAUUUGAUGAGUUGUCCAGGUCCCUCGUGCUGAAGGCUGUUCAAAGACUGAGCGAAAACGAGACUGUGUUGACAAAGUAUGACACAAUCGUUGGAGACGGGGACUGUGGUAUCACUAUGAAACGAGGAGCAAAUGAGAUUGAAAAGCGACUUUCCAAUGGUGGCAUUGAUAUUACUCAUCCAGUAAGUCUAUUCAGCAAUAUUGCGGAUGCUAUCUCGUUUGCAAUGGGAGGUACGUCGGGAUUCUUGCUAGAGCUGUUAUUUCGGCGAAUGAGUUCAUUCGCGGCGGGACAAAAAAAGAUUGAUGCCGCAGACAUUAGCAGUGCAUUUAUGGCAGGUGUUGAUGCAUUAAGGAUCUAUGGAGGUGCUACAAUUGGUUCUCGAACUAUGAUGGAUGCGUUGAUUCCUGCAGCAAAAAGUCUCGUUGAGAACAGUGAUUUGAAGCUCGCUGCAGCCAACGCGAAACUCGGUGCUGAAAAAACAGCAAAAAUGAAAUUAGCUUCAGCUGGUCGAUCGAAUUAUUUGAAUGCAGAAACCCUUGAAGGCACACCGGACCCUGGCGCAGUGGCGGUAUCGCUUGUUUUUGACGCAAUAUCUUAA